CGAAGCCAUGAGACUGCUGCUCUUCAUAGUGGCCUUGGUGCCGUUGGUUUUAUCACAGUAUUAUAUGCAACAACAGAUGCGACCUGUUAUGCAACCACAACAACAGAGAACAAUGUAUUAUCCAGUAAGAACUAAUUGUCAAAACAGAUGUAAUCAACAGACUAGAUACAGGUGGAAUGUCAGACCAACAAAUAUCCGGCCAAAUGUUCAAGUACAAAUUAGAACUAUUCCGUCUGCACCAGGUCCCAUUAGGCCAGUGGUUAAUCCAGCUCCACCACUUCCAACACUGCCAACUCCGCCACCAAGCACUCUUCCCCCAAUCACUUACCCUAGACCAACUGUUGGAGCUCCUAUCACAACACAACAAGUUCUAAUCACUGAAACUACUACUCAGCCACCAACUACAACUACCACUCUUGAAACUCCAGCUCCAGAAUCCACGCCGUCUAUGGCUCCAUCACAUACAGACCCCACUCCAGCACCGGAGACUACUGUUGCACCAACAACAAAGUACUUGCGUCCGGAGCGCAAACAAACAUCAAAAGCCAAAUACUUCAACCCAUGCGCCGUCGGCCAGCCACUUCUCAACGAAUUCUCCACUCCAAUCUCAUGCAACUACUUGAACCAACCAAACGGAGGAUGCCCAGAAGAUCACUAUUGUCACACAGGAGCAUCUUUCUCCACUACCGCUUGUUGCCCAUUAGUUUCUUCGGAAGACAGAUGUGCUCAGAGAAGGGACACUGGAGAGGGAGAUGAACUUGUAGCUAGAUGGUAUUUUGAUAAUCAGGCCAAAGAAUGUAGACGUUUCUUAUACAAGGGGAUCCGUGGAAACGCUAAUAAUUUUGUCACCAAAGCUCAAUGUGUGGAUGCAUGUGAAACAGAAACUGUGACUGAUGAGGCAAACCCAUGCAAAUUCAGUAACGCUGCUAAAUAUAAGAAUGGAUCUCGUAUUAUUUGCGGACCGAACGAUGAUUCAAUGUGCCCGAACGGCUAUUACUGUCAUAUUGGCGAGAACCCGGAACUUACUGCUUGCUGUGAGAACAGUGGACUAACCGAUCCGUGCUUACUCUCGAUAAACGUCGGACAGGGUAAAGCCCUCCUCAAGAGAUUCUACUAUAACACUUUCUCAAAGCGAUGCACAGAGUUCAUGUACAAGGGUACCAAGGGCAAUGAGAACAACUUCUUGUCAUAUACACAAUGCCAAGAAAAAUGUCAAAAGUGGGAUAACCCAUGCCCUGUCCCAGUUAAUUAUGCUCAAAAGAAGGAAUGUGGAAUGGAAAACUCAAAUGGAACUGAAUGCAGUGCCGGACAUUGGUGCCAUAUUGGAGCUUCCAAAGAAUCUUCAGUAUGCUGUCCAGGAGCUUCCCCAGAUCCAUGCUCUCUUCCAAUGUUUUCCGGAGAAGGAACCGCGAAUCUCACAAGAUGGUACGCUGACCCAGCAGAUAAGUCAUGCAAUAGACAGUGCAAGUCUUUUGCUUACAAUGGAGCUAAAGGAAACCAGAACAACUUCCUCACAAAACAACAAUGUGAAUCUAAGUGUAAAAGAGAAUGCAAAAAUCCAUGUGGAUCAGGAACAAUGCUUAUGACACCUACCAACGAGCCACGCACAUGCAGCCCAAGUUCGCCAUGCCCAAGCUCGCACUGGUGCCACGUCGGAAUAACUCCAGACACAACUGUGUGCUGCUCUGCUGUUCAGAAUACGUGUGAACUCACAAUGACGAAGGGUUACGGAAACUCUCAUCUGACAAGAUGGCACUUUGACAAAAACCUCAACAAAUGUGUCAAGUUCAUUUACAGCGGAGAAGGAGGAAAUCAGAAUAUGUUCCUAACACAGGAAGACUGCUUGUCAGUUUGUCCAGUAUUUGAGAAUCCAUGCGGCAAUGGAAAACCGCUCUUGAUUGGCACUAAACCAAAGUUGUGCUCUCCUGAUGAGAGAUGUCCAUCCACCCAUUUCUGUCACAUUGGAGUUGAAGGAUCGGAGAAUUAUUGUUGUCCAAAACAUGGUGACCCGUGCCAACAAGCAUUGGCUACUGGAACAGGAGGAUUUUCAAUUACAAGAUACUACUAUGACAAAGAAACUCGCCGAUGCCGCGAUUUCAGCUACGAAGGACAGAAGGGAAAUGCCAACAACUUUUUGACUCUUGAAGAUUGCGGUCUUGUUUGUCCAGUACUUCCAAACCCUUGCAGCUUGGGAGAACCACUGCUUAGUUUGCAAAAAGAACCAGUCAUUUGCGGCGGAGAAGACACAUGUCCAAACGGAUAUUAUUGUCAUGUUGGAGGUGCCCCCGAGACAACCAACUGUUGCCCUGGAACCCGUCGUCCAUGUGAUCUCCCAUUAGAGGUUGGUCAAGGAGUUGAGAAACUCGAGCGUUGGUUCUUUGAUGGAGGAAUUCAAAUGUGUCGUCCAUUUGUUUACAAGGGAAUGAAAGGAAACUCAAACAACUUCCUGACCAAACAGUCGUGCCGACAGUCUUGCAAGGAAAUGAAUCCGUGCGGUUAUGGUGAUCCGUUGGUUGACACCACCGGAGAAAGAAUGUUGUGUACUGGUGGACAGAGAGUUAACAGCUGCCCACAAAAUUCGUACUGUCACGUUGGAUCUAGUGCUCUCACUACGCUGUGCUGCCCUAAGAGAAAAAUCGACCCGUGUGAUCAAGCCGUAGAGGAAGGAACAGGAUCAGAAGACUUGCCAAGAUGGUUCUUCGAUCGCAAACAAAACAGAUGUGCUCCAUUUACAUACGGAGGAGUUGCUGGAAACGAAAACAACUUCAUUAGUCAAAAUACUUGUAUGGAAGCAUGUCCAGAAUACAGAAAUUAUUGUCCGCAUGGAAUUCCAUUGAUUGAGGGAUCAACAGUAACCUCGUGCGGUAUUGACAAGGGAUGUCCGGAAGGAUUUAUUUGCCACAUGUCUUCUGAGUUCAAUGUUUCCAUUUGUUGCCAGGACCCAAUGGAUUUCUGCCUCUCAGCUCGCGACUCGGGACCAUGCAAUAACUUUGAGAAGCGAUAUGGUUAUGAUGCGAACACAGAUACUUGUGUUGAAUAUCAAUAUGGAGGGUGUGAAGGAACAUUGAACAACUUCCAUUCUCUGCAAAGAUGUACUGAAAUCUGCUGUAAAGAAUACAAGAGAAGACAUAGAUUGUAAAUGUAAUUUGUUUUCAAAUAACUUUUCUCAAUCUUCAAUUGUUUUUCACUCUUUUUACCGGUAAUUGUCGCUAUUUCAUUUUAACAAACAACUAAAUUAACUCCCUUGAAAAUCACCAAAAAGAGUUCUUUGAUUGGAUCUCCUUGUUUUUUUUUGUAAUUGUCUCUCUCAUUAUUAAAUAUGCUUUCAUUUUUUUGUUUUGUUCCAUUCUUACCUUCUCUGAGUCGUACCAAGCUCUGUUUGCUCAGCGCCAUCAAAAUUGACCACUACCAUCCAUUUUUAUAACAAAGAUUUUUAUACAUUCAUUGUAAUAUUUAUUCAGUGUAAUUGAAUAAACAUUUCACCUU